UGUAUACUAUGCCAACAGAAUUGUAGGGUUGGGAAACGUUGCUUCAGAAAUACAAUACUUAUGAUUUUUAAAAAAAAAAAAUACAAUCACUUAAGAUAAACUGCGUCUUGCGAGCCGAGGAAAACAGACCCCAGAUGACUGGCUUGCCACAACCUAAUCAUUUGCAGAGGAAUAACUGGAACUAAUACAAAGUUGUCUACGCUUGUAUUCACGGCUGUCUCUCAGCUAAUCUGAAAUUUGCCCUGCAUAUAUUGUUCUUGUUAUUCGCUGAAAGGAAAUAACUCGGAUGGAAAGCAUUUGUCUUAUCUUUAAAUCAAGGGAAGCUUUAUGCCCCCGUAAGAACUUUAAAAUGCAGUGUUAAUGCAAAUAACUCAAAGAAAGAAAGGAAGAAAAAUACCGCAUUUGAUUUGAAAAGUAGACGCUAAAUGGAGACUAAGGCUAUGUACCUGAGCUCUUAUGAAGAGCAGGAAAAUGUAUCUUUUUACGAAGAAGGUUUUGAUGGAGUCAACAGUAGAAGCCUGUCCAAGCUGAAUCUCUGUGAAGAAAGUCCUGCCAACAGGAGGAGAAAGGCAGAUAACUGCUGUGCUCAUAUCAAUUCAUUAUCAUCAAUCAAGUAUGCCAUAGUGCUUCUGUAUGUUCUUGUGCUCCUCAGUAUCGUUGGGCUCUUCAUAGCAGUGUCAAGAUCACAGAGGUCGACAGAGAGCUUGGAAACAUUAGUAGAAAAUGUGACGCAGUUGAACGGCAGCUUCAGAGACUUGCAACUCUCCUUGUCUCAGCUCUCUUUCAAGAGGGACAUUAUGGAAAACAUUUGGAAGCUGGAAAACCUUUACCAGAACCACUCGGACACAUUGCUGCUGCUAAGCCUUGCUGUCCAAAGGCUGGAGCACAGUGUCCAGGGCCUGCAGACACAGUCUGACGAGAUAACUACAUCCGUGACAGAGUUGGGAGACGUCUUUAAGGGGCUGUCUGACAGCAGCAAUAGAGACACCAGCCAACUCAGUGCUGAGUUGGGCAGAACCAAGGUAUCUUUGCAUAAGCAAGACACAUUGCUGAAAGAGACUGCUGGUCUGGUGGGUGGACUGAAGGACAAGUUGGACGAGGUGCUCAGAACCAUUAAUGCUGUGAAUAGGACAUUCACUCAGGAUGUCGGUGUCCAUCACUUGAAAAUCCAGGACCUCCAGAUAGAGAUCACCAAUAUCACUGAGGAUGCCAGAACGAUAAGGGUCACACAGAUUAGCAUGGAGGAGCAGCUGAGGAACGAGUUAACCAUCAUUAAUUCCGUCAUGGAAGACCUGAGGCUGAAGGAUUGGGAGCAUUCUGUGGUACUGAAGAAUCUGACAUUAAUGGAGGGACCCCCAGGGCCAAAGGGGGACAGAGGGAAUGGUGGACCCCCAGGGAGUGCUGGUAUGCCAGGUUUACCUGGAUUGAGAGGAAUGCCUGGAGAAAAUGGAUUGCCAGGUGGGCAAGGCCUGAAGGGAGACCCAGGGCAAGAUGGCCUGCCGGGUAUUGUUGGAACAAAAGGAUCUAAAGGUGAAAGAGGUGAAAAGGGAGAAAAGGGUGACAGAGGAGAGAAGGGAGACACAGGAGCAGAUGAAACCAUAGUUCGGCUGGUGAACGGAUCUUCACCCUCUGAGGGCCGGGUGGAGGUGCACUAUGACAAGCGCUGGGGGACAGUGUGCGAUGACGGCUGGGACAAAAAGGACGGGGACGUGGUCUGCAGGAUGCUGGGAUUCAAAGGAGCCAGGGAGGUUCAUAAAACCGCAAGAUUUGGACAAGGCUCUGGAUUCAUUUGGAUGGAUGACAUUGCCUGCACAGGGACAGAAGAAACGAUCCUUCAGUGCAGAUUCGCAGGCUGGGGAAAGACUAACUGUGGACAUGUGGAGGACGCUGGCGUUACCUGCAACCCAUAGCAGGAAUGCUGUACAAGAGAGGAAAGAGAAAGCAAAUGUCAUAACAAAUAAUACAUGGAUAUAGCCAAUUAAGCAUCAACUCCAGCAAGACUAUUUUUUUUUUUUUUUUUUUUUUUUUUAUAUUUCCUCUUAUCCAUAAACAUCCAAAAUGGUGACUUUGGAUAGUCCACAAACAAUGUUAUGCAUAUAUUCAUUUAACCAGGAAAAUAAUCCCAUUAGGUGUGAGCUCAUUUCAUACUACAAACAAGAGGAGGCCAUUCAGCCCUUCUUACUUGUUUGGUUGUUAGUAGCUUAUUGAUCCCAGAAUCUCAUCAAGCAGCUUCUUGAAGGAUCUCAGGGUGUCAGCUUCAACAACAUUACUGGGGAGUUGGUUCCAGAUUCCCACAAUUCUCUGUGUAAAAAAAGUACCUCCUAUUUUCUGUUCUGAAUGCCCUUUAUCUAAUCUCCACUUGUGACCCCUGGUCCUUGUUUCUUUUUUCACGUCGACAUUGUCAAUACCUUUUAAAAUUUUGAAUGCUUGAAUUAGAUUGUCGCAUAGUCUUCUUUGUUCAAGACUGAAUAGAUUCAUUUCUUUUAGCCUGUCUGCAUACGACAUGCCUUUUAAACCCAGAAUAAUUAUGGUUGCUCUUUUUUGCACUCUUUCUGAGCAGCAAUAUCCUUUUUGUAGUGAGGUGACCAGAACUGAACACAGUAUUCUAGAUGAGGUCUUACUAAUGCAUUGUAAAGUUUUAACAUUACUUCCCCUAAUUUAAAUUCAACACUUUUCACUAUAUAUCUGAGCAUCUUGUUGGCCUUUUUUAUAGCUUCCCCACAUUGUCUAGAUGAAGACAUUUCUAAGUCAACAUAAACUCCUAGGUAUUUUUCGUAGAUUCCUUCUUCAAUUUCAGUAUCUACAAUAUUAUUAUUAUUUAUUUAUUAGCAGACGCCCUUAUCCAGGGCGACUUACAAUUGUUACAAGAUAUCACAUUAUUUUUACAUACAAUUACAUUAUUUUUGACACAUUAUUUUUACAUACAGUGACCCAUUUAUACAGUUGGGUUUUUACUGGAGCAAUCUAGGUAAAGUACCUUGCUCAAGGGUACAGCAGCAGUGUCCCCCACCUGGGAUUGAACCCACAACCCUCCGGUCAAGAGUCCAGAGCCCUAACCACUACUCCACACCAUAUGAUAUUUAUAAUGCACUUUUUUAUUGCCUGCAUGCAGUACCUUACACUUUUCUCUAUUAAAUGUCAUUUGCCAUGUGUCUGCCCAGUUCUGAAUGCUGUCUAGUUCAUUUUGGAUGACCUUUGCUGCUGCAUGAAGUUUGUCAUGACAACACAAGCCAAAGUAUUGGACACUGCAACUCAAUAGAAACCAUCAAAUACAUUCAUAAGGUAAUAAUAUUAUUGUGUAUAAAAACAAAUUCUGAUAAUAGGUUUAUAUCUAUCUGAGUAUGACAGAUGUCUAAUUAGAAUGUUUUCAAUUUAGGUAGUAUAAUGUAUUCUGUUUAUUUCCACAAACAUAUAGGACCCAGAUUAAACCAUGCACUUACACUAAUUAGUAAUGUGCAACAGUUGUUUUUCUUUCUCCUUUGAAUGAGAUUAAAUUAGCAUACAUUAAAUUUGGUUUACCCCACACUGGCCAAAAACAUCAUAUACAUUAAUUGUUCUGACUUGGGAGGAAUCAUAAUUAGGUCUAACAUGCUGUAUUUCACUCCAGAGACCUUAAUAGUAGACCGUAUAUUUCUGUGAGAGUUUUUUAUAUGUUAUUUUGACAAUAUGAGAAUAAUGCGGAUGCAUAAUGCAGAUGAUUUUAUUCAUAUGUUAACUUUUAUAUGUACUUUUUUAAUGACAAAUAAAAUAUAUCUGUGUUUAUACAUGUG